AUGAAAGCCGCGCAGCUGGACUUUCAGGAGCACGUGUCAAUGAAGAACAAGAUAUUCCCCGAGAUAGCCCGGUUUAUGCUGCUCUAUUCAGAAGCAGUUGAGCUUCUGAACCAGACACGGAGUGAAGAGCAGGCUGACGUCUCCACUUCUUCAAAUGAAUCAUCUCAAAGAUCCAAGUUGGAAAAGGUCAGAGAUCAGAUCAUGAACUUGUACCCUUCCCUUCCUCCAGAUCUGGCUUUUAGCAUCGACAACUACAAAGCUGCCAGCCUGUGUAGGCAGGCGGGACAGUUCUUGAUGCUUCAUGUCUACUUUUACACUUUCACAAUCCUCCUGUCGAGAAAGCAUUCACCAGAAGGUACGGGUAACUCACCCCAGCCACAGGCGGUGUUGGUGGCAUGCCAAAAGAUUGUUCAAAUGCUCAACACUGCUGAGCUCAUCGACAAAACCGGGUAUCUUUCUGUUCCGUUCAUCAAUCAGGGCUUGUUCGUCGCGGCAUCUACAAUCCUGGAGGAACAGCAGUCUAACCAGAAUCGGCCCCAAGACUUGUUUUCUCUGGUUAGUAGCACAGAUGUUGAAUAUCUCUGCAAAAAGCUGCAGGAGAUGUCUCACUACUUCAGGGGCACCGGUGUGACCCUUGCGGCGCUGGAACGCAAGAGACGAGAGGUCGCGGCCAAAACCACAAGAGGCAACCACUCAAGCGAGGAUGAAGAUUUGGACGAAGAAAAGAAUGAGGUUGUUCAGUUGAGCGAUGGUGGCAUUGUAAACCGAUACUCGAUACCGGAAGAAGGAAGCUAA